AUGCCCAGCCAUUACAACAGCAGCCAUUACAACAGCAGCCAUUACGACAGCAGCCAUUACAACAGCAGCCAUUACAACAGCAGCCAUUACGACAGCAGCCAUUACAACAGCAGCCAUUACAACAGCAGCCAUUACAACAGCAGCCAUUACGACAGCAGCCAUUACAACAGCAGCCAUUACAACAGCAGCCAUUACAACAGCAGCCAUUACAACAGCAGCCAUUACAACAGCAGCCAUUACGACAGCAGCCAUUACGACAGCAGCCAUUACGACAGCAGCCAUUACGACAGCAGCCAUUACAACAGCAGCCAUUACAACAGCAGCCAUUACAACAGCAGCCAUUACGACAGCAGCCAUUACGACAGCAGCCAUUACGACAGCAGCCAUUACAACAGCAGCCAUUACAACAGCGGCCAUUACAACAGCGGCCAUUACGACAGCGGCCAUUACGACAGCGGCCAUUACGACAGCGGCCAUUACGACAGCGGCCAUUACGACAGCAGCCAUUACGACAGCAGCCAUUACGACAGCAGCCAUUACGACAGCAGCCAUUACAACAGCAGCCAUUACAACAGCAGCCAUUACGACAGCAGCCAUUACGACAGCAGCCAUUACGACAGCAGCCAUUACGACAGCGGCCAUUACGACAGCGACAGUGGCCAUUACGACAGUGGCCAUUACGACAGUGGCCAUUACGACAGCAGCCAUUACGACAGCAGCCAUUACAACAGCGGCCAUUACGACAGUGGCCAUUACGACAGUGGCCAUUACGACAGCAGCCAUUACGACAGCAGCCAUUACGACAGCGGCCAUUACGACAGUGGCCAUUACAACAGCGGCCAUUACAACAGCAGCCAUUACAACAGCAGCCAUUACGACAGCAGCCAUUACGACAGCGGCCAUUACAACAGCGGCCAUUACGACAGCAGCCAUUACGACAGCAGCCAUUACAACAGCAGCCAUUACAACAGCAGCCAUUACGACAGCAGCCAUUACGACAGCAGCCAUUACGACAGCAGCCAUUACGACAGCGGCCAUUACGACAGCGGCCAUUACAACAGCGGCCAUUACAACAGCGGCCAUUACGACAGCGGCCAUUAG